AUAGCAUUUAGUGUCAAAAUUUUGAAAUAAGCAUCAGAGAGACCAUUGAAGGUUUGUAUUAGCAAUGAGAAGUGAAGAGGUUGUGUUGUCCUUCUCCAUUCUUCUUCUCUGCCUGCCAAUAUGUUUGGGUGGAGAUACUCUAAAGGCAAACCAGAGCAUAACUCAUCACCACUCCAAUGGAAACCUUGUUUCAUCAAACGCCACAUUUGAGCUGGGCUUCUUUUCUCCUGCUGAAAAAAGUGGAGGGAAAUACCUGGGGAUUUGGUAUCACGGCUUGGAACCACAAACAGUGGUGUGGGUUGCCAACAGAGAUGAUCCUGUUCCCGAUUCCAGUGGAGUUUUUCGAAUUGCGGAGGAUGGAAAUCUGGUGGUAGAAUAUGCAUUCAGAAGCCUCUGGUCUUCUGGACUUGGAGCAUCCUCGUCCUCUAACAGAACACUGCAGCUCCUAGAUUCUGGGAAUCUAGUACUAAAAGAGGAUGACUCUGAAGCGACAUACCUGUGGGAAAGCUUCAAGAAGCCAACAGACACGUUUCUUCCCGGCAUGAAAAUGGACGCGACUAUGUCGUUGACUUGUUGGAAAGACUCCGCUAACCCAGCACCUGGGAACUUCACCUUCAAGCUGACUCAACAGGCUGAGAAACGGAGCUUCGUUGUGCAAUAUCAUUCAAAAAUCCACUGGGCACCUGAUGAAUUUGACACAGAAGCGGCUUCCCAGGUGGUAUUUAAUUUGUUGAACAACGACAUCUGGAGUACUAAAACGUACAAUUAUUCUAACAAAACAGUCUUCGUAUCACAACCUUACAUGUACUAUAAAUCAAGGCUUUUGAUGAAUUCUAGAGGGGAGAUAGUGUUUUUGGAGUGGGAUGAGGCAGAAUCAAAUUGGACUAAGAUAUGGUCUGGGCCAGAGAACAAGUGUGACAUACCUGAUUAUUGCGGGAGCUUCGGCCUAUGUAACAAAGAUAACUUCAUUCAGUGCAGAUGUUUGCCAGGAUUCAGUUCUAUUCAAGGUUUUCCUUCUGAUCGAGAAUCGGAGUCCCAAGGAUGUGCGAGAAAAUCAACGACGUGUACCAGUACCAACGAGGGCGUGAUGUUCCUGAACUUAACCAACAUAAAAGUGGCCGACCCAGACGAAGAGAUUAAUACUGAAACAGAAGGAAAAUGCCAAUCCAUGUGCAUCAACAUGUGUCCCCAAUCACAGUGUCAGGCCUAUUCAUUUAAUAGUACGACAUAUGGUGAUCGUGGUUCAUACUCGUGCAAUAUCUGGACGCGGCCUUUAUCUUCUCUUGUCGAGAACUACCUGCGCGGUCAUGAUCUUUCUAUCAUGGUUAAGAAAUCAGACAUAGCACCAACUGCUAAAUCGUGUGAACCUUGCGGCACAUAUGCUAUUCCUUAUCCCCUAAGCAAUGGGUCAAACUGCGGAGACCCCAUGUACAACUACUUCAAUUGCAACAAAUCCACUGGCAAAGUUAGUUUUAUGAUUCCCGGAGGAAUACCAUACCCAGUAACUUGGAUCGAUGAAGAUUCCAGAAUGUUUUCCAUUCAAACAAACUAUUUCAAUUCAUUCAAUUACAGUUUCAGCAGUCAAAAUAGCACUGAUUUUCCGUUUAAGGUUCAGUACAAUGAAGAUGCCGUAAUAAAAAUCAAUUGGUUACCAGCACCAGAACCCCCCUGUAGUCAGCUUACAGACUGCAUGAAUUGGCCACAUUCAACAUGCAGAGCAACAAGGGAAGGUGGAAGUAGGUGCCAUUGUGAUUCAAACUAUAAUUGGAAUAACACAUUAAUGAGCUGCACCCAAGAAGAGCAAUCAGGAAAUCACUCAACUCGACUAGAAUUGAUUCUUUUAGCAACUCUUGGUUCCCUGGCUGCUGUGACAUGCAUAAUAGCAUUUGGCAUCGUGUGGAGAAAGAAAAAAUCCCUUAAACAUGAUCGAGCAAGCUCCCGAAUUCAGGAGAGCUUGUAUGAGAGUGAAAGACAUGUGAAAGGUUUGAUUGGCUUAGGAAGUUUAGAAGAAAAAGACAUCGAAGGCAUUGAAGUUCCCUUUUACACUUUUGCAAGCAUUCUCGCAGCUACAGAUAAUUUCUCGGAUUCUAACAAGCUCGGAAGAGGAGGUUAUGGACCUGUUUAUAAGGGAACGUUUCCUGGAGGUCAAGAAAUAGCUGUAAAGAGACUUUCAAGUGUUUCCACUCAAGGCCUGCAAGAAUUCAAAAAUGAGGUUAUUUUGAUUGCCAAACUUCAACAUCGGAACCUUGUUAGACUGAGGGGCUACUGCAUAAAAGGGGAUGAAAAAAUCUUACUUUAUGAAUACAUGCCAAAUAAGAGCUUGGACUCAUUUAUAUUUGACCGUAGUCGAACUAUACUGUUGGAUUGGCCGAUGCGGUUUGAGAUAAUAGUAGGCAUAGCACGAGGCAUGCUAUACCUUCAUCAAGACUCUAGAUUGAGAGUGAUUCAUAGAGACAUGAAAACCAGCAACGUUCUCUUAGACGAGGAAAUGAAUCCAAAGAUAUCUGACUUUGGUCUUGCCAAAAUAUUUGGAGGAAAAGAAACGGAAGCAAGUACAGGGAGAGUGAUGGGAACCUAUGGAUACAUGGCUCCAGAGUAUGCUUUGGAUGGACUUUUUUCAGUGAAAUCUGAUGUUUUCAGCUUUGGGGUGGUCCUACUGGAGAUUCUUAGUGGAAAAAGGAACACAGGAUUCUAUGAGUCCAAUCAAAUUUCUAGCCUUUUGGGUUAUGCAUGGAAGUUAUGGUCAGAUAACAAGCUAUUGGAUUUAAUGGAUUCUAGCCUUGGUGAAACAUGCAACGAAAAUCAAUUUUUCAAAUGUGCAGUUGUUGGAUUAUUGUGCAUACAAGAUGAACCAAGUAAUCGACCCACUAUGUCAAAUGUUUUGUACAUGCUUGACGUAGAGACAACAACCAUGCCAAUUCCCACCCAGCCAACAUUUUUUAUGAACAAGCGUUAUUCAAGUUCACCUUCUUCUUCUAGUAAACCAGAAACAAGUCUGCAAUUUGACAGCAGUUACGAACAAGAUGCUCUGAAGGCUAACCAGAACAUAACUCAGGACUCCCAAGGAAACCUUGUUUCAUCUAACGCCACAUUUGAGCUGGGCUUCUUUUCUCCUGCUGAAAAAAGUGGAGGGAAAUACCUGGGGAUUUGGUAUCACGCCUUGGAACCACAAACAGUCGUGUGGGUUGCCAACAGAGAUCAUCCUGUUCCAGAUUCCGGUGGAGUUUUUCGAAUUGCGGAGGAUGGAAAUCUGGUGGUAGAAUAUGCAUUCAGAAGCCUCUGGUCUUCUGAACUUGGAGCAUCCUCGUCCUCUAACAGAACACUGCAGCUCCUAGAUUCUGGGAAUCUAGUACUAAAAGAGGAUGACUCUGAAGCGACAUACCUGUGGGAAAGCUUCCAGAACCCAACAGACACGUUUCUUCCCGGCAUGAAAAUGGAUGCGACUUUGUCGUUGACUUGUUGGAGAGACUCCUCUAACCCAGCACCUGGGAACUUCACCUUCAAGCUGACUCAAAAGGCUGAGACACGGAGCUUCGUUGUGCAAUAUCAAUCACAAAUCCACUUGGCACUUGAUGAAUAUGACACAGAAGCGGCUUCCCAGAAGGUAUUUAAUUUGUUGAACAACGACACCUGGAAUACUAAAACGUAUAAUUAUUCUAACAAAACACUAUUCGUAUCAAAACCUUAUGUGUACUAUAAAUCAAGGCUUUUGAUGAAUUCUAGCGGGGAGAUAGUGUUUCUGGAGUGGGAUGAGGCAGAAUCAAAUUGGACUAAGAUAUGGUCGGCGCCAGAGAACAACUGUGACCUACCUGACUAUUGUGGGAGCUUCAGCCUAUGUACCAGAGAUAACUUCAUUCAGUGCAAAUGUUUGCCAGGAUUCAGUCGUAUUCAUGAUUCUCGUUCUGAUGGAGAAUCCGAGUCCAAAGGAUGUGUGAGAAAAUCAGGAUCGUGUACCAACAAGGACGUGAUGUUCCUGAACUUAACCAAGAUAAAAGUGGGCGACCCAGACCAACAAAUUCCUGCUCAAACAGAAGCAGAAUGCCAAUCCAUCUGCAUCGACAUGUGUCCCGAAUCACAGUGCCAAGCAUAUUCAUUUAAUCUUUCGACCAAUCGCGACGAUAAUUUAUACUCGUGCAGAAUCUGGACGCGGCCUUUACCUUCUCUUGUUGUUGAGAAGUACGCGCGCGGUAGUGAUCUUUCUAUCUUGGUUAAAACAUCAGAUAUAGCACCAACUGCUAAAUCGUGUGAACCUUGCGGCACAUAUGUCAUUCCCUAUCCGCUGAGCACUGGACCAAACUGUGGAGACCCCAUGUACAACAAGUUCAAUUGCGACAAUUCCACUGGCAAAGUUAGUUUUAUGAUUCCCGGACGUAUAUCAUACCCAGUAACUUGGAUCGAUGAAGAUUCCAGAAUGUUUGCCAUUCAAACAGACGAUUUCUAUUCCUUCAAUUACAGUUUCAGCAGUCAGAAUAGCACUGAUUUUCCGUUUAAGGUAGCUCAGUACAAUGAAGAUGCCGUAAUAAAAAUCAGUUGGUUACCAGCGCCAGAACCCCCCUGUAGUCAGCGUACAGACUGCAUUAGUUGGCCAAAUUCAACAUGCAGAGCAACAGGGGAAGGUGGAAGUAGGUGCCUUUGUAAUUCAAACUAUAAUUGGAAUAACACAUUAAUGAGCUGCACCCAAGAAGAGCAACCAGGAAAUCACUCAACUAGACUAGAAUUGAUUCUUUUAGCAACUCUUGGUUCCCUGGCUGCUGUGACAUGCAUAAUAGCAUUUGGCAUCGUCUGGAGAAAGAAAAAUUCCCUUAAACAUGAUCGAGCAAGCACCCGUAUUCAGGAGAGCUUGUAUGAGAGUGAAAGACAUGUGAAAGGUUUGAUUGGCUUAGGAAGUUUAGAAGAAAAAGACAUCGAAGGCAUUGAAGUUCCCUUUUACACUUUUGCAAGCAUUCUCGCAGCUACAGAUAAUUUCUCGGAUUCUAACAAGCUCGGAAGAGGAGGUUAUGGACCUGUUUAUAAGGGAACGUUUCCAGGAGGUCAAGAAAUAGCUGUAAAGAGACUUUCAAGUGUUUCCACUCAAGGCCUGCAAGAAUUCAAAAAUGAGGUUAUUUUGAUUGCCAAACUUCAACAUCGGAACCUUGUUAGACUGAGGGGCUACUGCAUAAAAGGGGAUGAAAAAAUCUUACUUUAUGAAUACAUGCCAAAUAAGAGCUUGGACUCAUUUAUAUUUGACCGUAGUCGAACUAUACUGUUGGAUUGGUCGAUGCGGUUUGAGAUAAUAGUAGGCAUAGCACGAGGCAUGCUAUACCUUCAUCAAGACUCUAGAUUGAGAGUGAUUCAUAGAGACAUGAAAACCAGCAACGUUCUCUUAGACGAGGAAAUGAAUCCAAAGAUAUCUGACUUUGGUCUUGCCAAAAUAUUUGGAGGAAAAGAAACGGAAGCAAGUACAGGGAGAGUGAUGGGAACCUAUGGAUACAUGGCUCCAGAGUAUGCUUUGGAUGGACUUUUUUCAGUGAAAUCUGAUGUUUUCAGCUUUGGGGUGGUCCUACUGGAGAUUCUUAGUGGAAAAAGGAACACAGGAUUCUAUGAGUCCAAUCAAAUUUCUAGCCUUUUGGGUUAUGCAUGGAACUUAUGGUCAGAGAACAAGAUACUGGAUUUAAUGGAUUCUAGUCUUGGUGAAACAUGCAACGAAAAUCAAUUUUUCAAAUGUGCAGUUGUUGGAUUAUUGUGCAUACAAGAUGAACCAAGUAAUCGACCCACUAUGUCAAAUGUUUUGUACAUGCUUGACGUAGAGACAACAACCAUGCCAAUUCCCACCCAGCCAACAUUUUUUAUGAACAAGCGUUAUUCAAGUUCAGCUUCUUCUUCUAGUAAACCAGAAACAAUUCUGCAAUUUGAUAGCAGUUACGAACAAGGUCGAUAGUACGCGACGAAACCUUACAUGAAAUCUAUAUCUUGUUAUUUUAGUUGUAUUUUAUAACAAGUUAGGAUUUUUUGUAUUGUUUUAACCUCUUUUAUAGGGACCGGGAAUCUAUAUAUACAGAGAGCUAAUGUUUUAUUUUUUA